CAAAGUACGCAAAAUGGAACAGGUGCAUUUCCCGGAGGGAACAUCCCAGGCAGCCACCAUGCCCCUGGGGACUCCCAGCUUCCCACACGGCUUCCCCUGCGCGGCUGCAGCCCCACUUCUGGGCCGCGUGGACCGGGGCCUCGGCGCCCAUAGGGGUGCGGUGGCAGGGGCUGCACCCGGCACCCCCCAAACUGGCGCCUAUUUCCUAGGAUGCUCCUCCUCGUCCCCAAGAACGCAACAACCGUUAACGUUCCCGGAUGCUUUCCAGAGAAAUUGGAAGGGACGAAGCUCGGUUUGGCAUGCCCUUGCGCCCGCAGCUGUCCGGGACCAAGACACAGGGCGGAAAAGUCUGGAAGCCGCAGUCUGGGGUCGCGGCGGAGGACGACUACAACUCCCAUCGUGCAUCGACAGGCGGCGUCUGCGCACUGCGCGCCGGUUGCCCAUGCGGCCCUAGGGCUGGGAGCGCGGCGCCGCUCCGCUGCGGGGAAGGCCAUGGCGGAACCCUCCCAGGCCCCGGCCCCGGUUCCGACCGCGCAGCCCCGGCCCCUUCAGUCCGCAGCCCCUACUCCAGCUCCGACUCCUGCGCCCAGCCCCGCUUCAGCCCCGAUUCCGGCCCCCACGCCGGCACCAGCCGCUGCCCCAGUUGCAGCGCCGGCCGGGAGCACAGGGACUGGAGGGCCCGGAGUAGGAAGUGGGGGAACCGGGAGUGGGGGGGAUCCGGCGCGACCUGGCCUAAGCCAGCAGCAGCGUGCCAGCCAGAGGAAGGCGCAGGUCCGGGGACUCCCGCGCGCCAAGAAGCUUGAGAAGCUAGGGGUCUUCUCUGCUUGCAAGGCCAAUGAAACCUGCAAAUGUAAUGGCUGGAAAAACCCCAAGCCCCCCACUGCUCCCCGCAUGGACCUCCAGCAGCCGGCAGCUAACCUGGGCGAACUGUGCCGCAGCUGUGAGCACCCCUUGGCGGACCACGUGUCCCACCUGGAGAACGUGUCCGAAGACGAGGUGAACCGGUUGCUGGGCAUGGUGGUGGACGUGGAGAACCUGUUCAUGUCCGUUCACAAGGAGGAAGACACGGACACCAAGCAGGUCUAUUUCUACCUCUUCAAGCUACUGCGGAAGUGUAUCCUGCAGAUGACCCGGCCCGUGGUGGAGGGCUCCCUGGGCAGCCCCCCGUUUGAGAAGCCUAAUAUUGAGCAGGGAGUGCUGAACUUCGUGCAGUACAAGUUUAGUCACCUGGCGCCCCGGGAGCGGCAGACCAUGUUCGAACUCUCCAAGAUGUUCCUGCUUUGUCUUAACUACUGGAAGCUGGAGACACCCGCUCAGUUCCGGCAAAGGUCCCAAUCAGAGGAUGUGGCGACAUACAAGGUCAACUACACCAGAUGGCUGUGUUACUGCCACGUGCCCCAGAGCUGCGACAGCCUCCCUCGCUACGAGACCACACAUGUCUUUGGGCGGAGCCUGCUCCGUUCCAUUUUCACGGUGACCCGUCGGCAGCUGCUGGAGAAGUUCCGGGUGGAGAAGGACAAGCUGGUGCCAGAGAAAAGGACCCUCAUCCUCACACACUUCCCCAAAUUCCUGUCCAUGCUGGAAGAGGAGAUAUACGGGGCAAACUCUCCCAUCUGGGAGUCGGGCUUCACCAUGCCACCCUCAGAGGGCACACAGCUGGUGCCCCGACCCGCCACGGUCAGCGCCACCACAGUGCCCAGUGCCCCCAUCUUCAGCCCUGCCACGGCCGGGGGCAGCAACAGUUCCCUGAGUUUGGAUUCUGCAGGAGCCGAGCCAAUGCCAGCAGGGGAGAAGAGGAAACUGCCGGAGAAUCUGACCCUGGAAGACGCCAAGCGGCUCCGUGUGAUGGGCGACAUCCCCAUGGAGCUGGUCAAUGAGGUCAUGCUGACCAUCACUGACCCUGCUGCCAUGCUGGGGCCCGAGACGAGCCUACUGUCAGCCAAUGCCGCCCGGGACGAGACUGCCCGUCUGGAGGAACGCCGCGGGAUCAUUGAGUUCCACGUCAUCGGCAACUCACUGACACCCAAAGCCAACCGGCGGGUGCUGCUGUGGCUGGUGGGCCUGCAGAACGUCUUCUCCCACCAGCUGCCGCGCAUGCCCAAGGAGUACAUUGCCCGCCUGGUCUUUGACCCGAAGCACAAGACCCUGGCUUUGAUCAAGGAUGGGCGGGUCAUUGGUGGGAUCUGCUUCCGCAUGUUCCCCACCCAGGGCUUCACGGAGAUUGUGUUUUGUGCCGUCACCUCCAAUGAGCAGGUCAAGGGCUAUGGGACGCAUCUCAUGAACCACCUGAAGGAAUAUCACAUCAAACACAACAUCCUGUACUUCCUCACCUACGCUGACGAGUACGCCAUUGGCUACUUCAAAAAGCAGGGCUUCUCCAAGGAUAUCAAAGUGCCCAAGAGCCGCUACCUGGGCUACAUCAAGGACUACGAGGGUGCCACGCUGAUGGAGUGUGAGCUGAACCCCCGGAUCCCCUACACGGAGCUGUCACACAUCAUCAAGAAGCAGAAAGAGAUCAUCAAGAAGCUGAUUGAGCGUAAGCAGGCGCAGAUCCGCAAGGUGUACCCUGGGCUCAGCUGCUUCAAGGAGGGCGUGCGACAGAUCCCCGUGGAAAGCGUACCUGGCAUCCGAGAGACUGGCUGGAAGCCGCUGGGGAAAGAGAAGGGGAAGGAGCUGAAGGACCCCGAUCAGCUCUACACAACCCUCAAGAACCUACUGGCCCAGAUCAAGUCCCACCCCAGUGCCUGGCCAUUCAUGGAACCCGUGAAGAAGUCAGAGGCCCCCGACUACUACGAAGUCAUCCGCUUUCCCAUUGACCUGAAGACCAUGACAGAGCGGCUGCGCAGCCGCUACUAUGUGACCCGGAAGCUGUUUGUGGCUGACCUGCAGCGGGUCAUCGCCAACUGUCGGGAAUACAACCCCCCGGACAGUGAGUACUGCCGCUGUGCCAGCGCGCUGGAGAAGUUCUUCUACUUCAAGCUCAAGGAGGGAGGCCUCAUCGACAAGUAGCCCCGGCCUGGGGCCACAUCCCCAGCUCAGGCAGCUCCAGCUCGGAUUCCAUCGAUUCUGACCUCUGCUUCCCAGGGCGCCCAGCCCGGAUGCUGCUGCCUUGCUGGGGCCUGAAGCAUCCAGGUGCCCAUGACCACUGCGCCUGACCUCGCGGAGAGGACACCGACUGGGGCAUGGGGGCGGGGUGGAGGUGACCCGAGGAGGAGCUGCCUGGUCUGCCCUGUGCCCCACGGAGUGACGGGGGCAGGACUUCUGGGCCUAGUCCUCCCCGAGAUGAGCAGUAGGCUUGGGGCUGGAGGGGCCUGAGGGGCCCAGCCUUGCCUUGCUCUGUUCUGUCAGUUUGUGUCCCCGCCAAAAGUGGGGUCAUGGGGACCAUUAUUUCCUGAUAUUAAUCCCUUGGAGGGAACAAUAAAGUUGUUUUUGUUCUUUUUUUUUUUUUU